AUGGUGAGCACCACAAGCGUAUGCAGGAACAAACCAAAAAGAACACCCACCGAUAACUUGAUUCAGUGUCAACUUCUGCAAUAUGGGCUCUUUGAUCGUUUCCUUCACAACGGCCAUGUGCAGGUGAAGGUUAUGUCGAAGGAGCAAUAUAACCCAACACACUUUCCCACUCAACUAGACUUGUUUCCCUCCGGACGAAUUCAAAAGAUAAAAACACACACACUCACAUAUCUUAAUGAUCAGCCAAAGGCAUUGCACCCCACACAACGUCAUGUGUUUCCGCCGACAUCAAGAAUGAUUCUGAAAGUUAUGUACGUCCGUUUGCAUCAAGCAGAAUCUCCUAGCAACCAUAAAUUAAGCAUUGGAUCCCUGCGACUCCGAACACCAGGAGAACACCAAAGAAAACUCGCCAAAAAGGCCCAAAGCUGGGAGCAGGGACUUGCAUAG